UGUCUGUCAGUGGAGUUACUGUGCAGCCAUUGGUGGAUUCCCACGCAUUCAAUCAGAGAUUUGGCUUCUGUCACACAUUCACACACACUAACACACACACAUGCACUCAGAAAAAGAAAAGAGACCUCCAUCGCUGAGCCAGCCAAACUCAAAGCUUCAUCGGUGAAAAGAGCUACAGCUGGUGUGAGAAGGUCAAAUGGCAGUGAACUAAAUGAAGGCAAAAGCACCUCAGUAAAUCAGCAACAAAAAGAGCAGGAAUACCACUCUGAGGCAGUCACCAUGGAGACCAGCCUGCUUUCAGAAAUGGCUGAUCUAACAGACUGUAAAAUGGAUCCUGGGUAUACAGAGGACCAGAAAUGCCAGUUCAGGGAGGAGGAGAAAGAAUCUUUUGCCACAUAUUUCUCAGAGUGCCUAGAUACCACAAAGAGCAACCCACAGGAAGACAAGGAUGGGCAAGAUAGCAAAGAUGCAAUCAAUAAAUGUGAGAGCUCAGGUGAAUCUGAUGGCAGCACAGACUCUCAAGAGGGCAUUUUUGGCAAGGUCAAAGAACAAGAGGAGUCAAAUCCUAGAGAACAUUUUACCUCUGAGCUUCAAAAAGACUCUCACAUGAAUGACCAACUACAAGAGGAAGAGGAAAUCAACAUUUCUAAUGAUGCCAAGGUGGAAGAACACAUUGAGCCCCAGGUGGAUGAACAAGAGAAAUCUGAGCUAGAGCAGCAAAUCCUGGAGUUAGCAAUUUCUGAAUUCCCAACUGAAUCAAAGGAUAUGGAUAAAGAUGACUUAAGUGAUUGUCUACAUGUGGAGAUGGCCAUUAUUUCAUCAGACAGCGAUGCUGAGGAGCAAUGGAGGUCCAUAGUUUCAUCAACUGUUGAAGAAAAUGUUGAUCUCUUGGGUAUGGAUGAACCAGAGGACAACUCUGAAGACCAAGCAAGGCAUGAAGACCAUACAGUGACUGACAGCAAUGCUGAAAAUGAAGAUGGAACCCUGGCAAUGAACAUAAGUGAAAGUGAUAUUCUAGAACAACCAGAAUGUCCCACAGAGUGUGAGCUGCAGGACAUUGCUUCAGAUUCCUCUGUCCAUUAUUGUAACAAGAUUCCAGAGGAUGAGGAUGAGAAAGAGCUUGUGCAAAGCUCAAAGCACAACAUGCAGCGCCUGUCCUGCUCAACUUCGGAGCUCGACAAGAAGGUGCCCCAAGACUUCUGUGUGGUUCAGGACAUAAAGAGCGAGAAUGUCAGUACAGAGCACUUGGAUUUCAGCGUGACACGCAAGCAAUGGCAGAAGAUGGAAGAGCAAACCAAGGGUCAGGUGCACCGGCCCGUGGUGAGGCUGGGGUCUUGCCAGGUUGGUCACAGCUUCAUGUAUACACCUGUGCGCAACAUUGAUCGCCCCAGGAAAGACCCUGACAUAGACAGUCUUGGUCUGGGAGAUUACCAGUACACACAGUUCAGUCCCUGUUCAGAGGACUCUGGUCUAGAGGACACAAGCUACAGGUCCCCUUAUGAUGAGCCAGAGACUCCUGUGGAGAGGGAGAUACGUGAAGCUCUGGAGCGAGAGGAGAAUUUCAGGCGAGAGAGGGCAAUGGCGAAGGCCUUUGCUGGUGAGGCUACGCAAGUUAAGCCCAAGCCUGGUACUCUUCAACAGAGCAGAUCGGAGCCUGGUGAGCGAGGAAGGAUGUUUGACACACCAGAGGACAGAUGCAGGUCUCAAAGAUCUAUUAGUGCAAGAACUCCAACUUUCUCCAUCACUGCUUCAUCUGGAAGAGGUCCCACAUACCACGAAAUGACAGCCAAUAAUGUCAUCAUACUCAAGCCGGAUUUGUACCCCACCAGCCCACGGAAUCUAGGGAAAGGAGGCCUGCUCCCUCCAGGGACAAGCAAUUGCCAAGAAUGGCCAUCAGACAUGAACAAUGUCAUUAUCCUAGAGACUUCCAAUCUCAUCAUCCGAAGUGCAUCGGAAUUCUGCCUAAGCACCGCAUGCCAAGACACCCAAGAGAGCACGUUUCCCAACAAUCCCUUCUUCAAACUGCGCUCCCAUAGCACCCAGUCUCUGGUGGACCUGGAGAUCAAGAUGGUGAGGCAAAGAGAAGAGGAGCUCAGGAGGCAGAGAGCACAACUAUAUGUAAAGGAGAGAUAUGACACGGUGCUAGUGUCCCCCAGCCAACUGCAGAAUUUCACUUAUGAGAGACCAGGAGAAAUACCAACAAAAUCAAAGUCAUCCCCCUCGUCUCCUUCGAAGACACGCAAAAUGGAUCGCUUCACUUUGUCCUGUGAUCACAAGUUCCCCGUGGCACCUUACCCUCGAGUCAGACGGAAAAGUGCCCUGGCCCAGAGGUGGGAGGCAGGUAUAUUUGCCAAUCAUCAGCAACAAGACUGAAUUAUUUGACUAAAUUAAGUAAAUAAGCACAAAUCAAG